UUUUCAUUGAAUAUUUUCUUUAGGGUAAUACAAUGAAAUUGGAGAUCAUUUCCUAAUUUAUUCCAAAAAAAAGACGAAGAGUAGCAAUUUGUUGCACAAUGAAUGAUUACAUUUAUGCGUUACCUGUUACCCAACCAUUUAAAAAUAUUAAUAAUAAUAAUUGUUAUUCGACUGCAUUUACAACAACUAUUGAGACUACUACUACUAAUACUAAUACUACUGGAACAAUAACAGUCAAUAAAAACAUAUUUUGUGAUGAUGUAUCAAAUGAUCAGAAAGAUUAUUGUUAUAGUUAUAUAACGGAACCACAACAGUUUGAAUCAAUACCUUUAUCAUUGUUCAAUGUACAAAAGCAAAAUGAUUCAAUUGUCAGUGAUGAAUAUUAUGUAUCUGAUGGAAAUUUACUAAAUAAUAAUAAUAAUAAUAAUAAUAAUAAUAAUAAUAAUAAUCUCAUUAUUAAUAAUCAUAGUAAUACAUCACUUAAUUGUUAUAAUAUUUUGCCAACACAAUCAUAUCCUUUUUAUCCAGUAAAGUAUAAUGAAUUGACUAAGAAUGUGUAUAAUUCAACGCAAACGAAUUAUUUUAAUAAGAAUGAUUUAGAUGUUCAAACACAAACAAAUUAUAUUAAUGAUAACGUUGAUCAUAAUACUACUAAUAUUACUACUACUACUACUACUAAUAAUAAUAAUAAUAAUAAUAAUAAUAAUAAUUCUAUACAGUUACCAACCAAUAAUACUUAUGAAUACCAUCAACAGAUAACUCCUACAAAUGAACAUUUUUAUACUUCAAAUCUUCUAGAUAAAUUUAUAACAAAAAAUGAUUGGAAUCAACAAACAAUGAUUACAGAAUCAUCGAAUAUAAUAAAAUGUAAAACACAAAAUUCUCUUUAUCAUUCAUCAUAUGAAUUAUGUAAUAAUCAACUAUUAAAAAAUUAUUCUAAAAAUUCAACAGAAUUUAUUUGCUUGAAUGAGAAUAAUCAUUUACAACGUCAACGAUUACCCCAUUUAACCUCUGAUCUGGAUUGUCCCAUUUCUGAUCUAAGUGACUAUUCUAUAAUAUCAAAAAAUGAUGAAGUAAACACUUUACAAACGAAAUCCACUUAUCCAUUACGAACGGAAGUCAACAGAAGACGUAAAUCCUCCAAUCAUAUAGCACUUGAAAAAUCUAUGAGUUUAUUCCACGAUCAACACUCAUCUUUAUCCAAAUAUCAUCAUACGCUUAAAACAAAUAGACCAACACACAAGUUUAUUUAUCAUUCUACUAACAAUUAUAAUGCUAAUGAUAAUUAUCCUACUUGCAAUAAUGUUACUCAUUUAAAAUCUUUACAAAAUAAACACAUUACUACUGAUAAUAACUGUUGUCAUACAUAUGAUUCAUUUAUACAUAAUGAAAAUUUAUUAGAAUCAUUUAACAAUGAAAAUAGUUCAAAAGUAAAGAAUCAAACAAUCAUACCAUCAUCUUCUUCUUCAUCUAAUAGUAUUCUAUCCCGUUCACCAUAUAAAUGUCGUAAGUGUAAAGGGCAUGGUAUGUCUGAACCAGUUAGACAACAUAAACGUAAUUGUCCAUAUCGUGAUUGUACAUGUGAUAUGUGUUAUCUAGUUGAAAAAGGUCGUCGUAUAGUAGCUCAACAAAUUGCAUUAUUUCGUGAUCAAAAAAAUCAUAAUAUUCAAAAAUUAUCACAUCAAAAAGAUCGUUCUAUAAAGAAUAUAAUAAUUAAAGAAUCAUUAAAUAAAAUAAAUGAAGAUAAUGGACCACAUUGUCGUCGAUGUCGUAAUCAUGGACAAAAUAUUUCAUGGAAAGGUCAUAAAAAAACAUGUCCUUAUAGAGAAUGUUAUUGUAAUCAGUGUAUUUUAAUAUCAUUACGUAAAUCAAAUGAAAAAGACCUAAGAGAAGUAACACAAGAAUUUAUUGAUAAUCAACCAGGGAAUGGAGAAAAGAAAACAUCAACAAAGAAUAUUUCGGCGAAUUAUGAAACAAAUACGUGUAACUUUAAUGAAAAAUGUCACAUUAUUAAUUCAAACUUCAAUUCAACCACUUCAGAAGACUAUAAUCACAAUGCUGCAUAUAAUCCAUACUCUAAUAAUGAUCCAGUCUCUUCUUUCGGUGAAACUUGUGAAACUCAUGAUUCAUUUUAUCCACCUUUAGUAAAUAAAACGUGUGUAAAUUCAUUGAUUCAUCACUUAGUCACUUCUUCUAUUACUACAAAUUUGGAUCCAUUCUGUACAACACAUAUCAGUAAGUGUGAAAAUAAACAAACUUAUUGCUCUUCUACUACAUCUUCACAUUUAAAGUCCAUAGAAAAUUCUAGUCAUGAACCUUUGACCUAUCGAGAACCAUUCAACAACAUUACAAAACCAUUUAAUCAUGAAUUCAAUUCACAAAAGAUACUCAACAAAACAGAUUCUGUUUUUCAAAAUAAUCACAAUUAUUUUACAUCAUUUGAUUGUCCUAAUUCAACAGUUUCAACAAAUAAAAUUCAUGAAUCAGAUCAUCAUACAAAUCAAUUGCUUGAAUUUAAUUCAACACAAACAUUUUGUCAUUCAAAUAUGAAUACUGGAUCAUCAUUAAUGAGAACAAAAUACAAUGAAAUUGUUAAUUCAAACAAUCCAUUUAAGACAAAUUAUUUAGAUGAUAUUGAAGUUCACAGUACAAAUAAUAAUUCAGAACCAUUUUCAAGUAAUCAAUCAAUUGAAAUAAACAAAUCUAUGUUAGAAACUAAAUACCAUGGAAGUUAUGUAACAGAUUGUUCCUUAAAUAAUAAUUCUCGAAAUUUUAUCGAUUAUGUCAACUCAAGUAAUGAUCAUUUUAAGAAUUUGGAUCAACAGUUAAGAACAUAUUAUUCAUAUCCAUCACAAGUGAAUAAAGAAUACACAAAUAAUAACUUUUAUCAUUUACAGGGAUAUCAAAAAUCAAAUCCUAGUUCAUUAGUAUCAUCUUCUCUUAAAAAUACAAUUACAGACUAUAUAUGUCAUUCAGAAGAGAAAAAUACAACAUGUCCUACAGAUUAUUUACCACAUUCAGUAAAUCUUAAUGAAGAGAAACUUAUUCGACCAACAACAAAUCAUACCGCUGCUUUAGCUGCUGCUGCUGCAGCAGCAGCUGUUGCAUUUCAUCAUGAAGUGGUCACUCAACAAAAACAUCAAGAAGAAUAUACUCAACAUAUUGAUGAUAUGAAACAAGUAUGUAGGCAAUCAGAUAUUCAUUUAGAACAACAAAACCUAUUCAGCACUACUACUACUACUACGACUACUAAUGAUACUAUCAGUAAUAUGAAUAACACUAAUAAUAUAAAUUCUAUCAAAGAAGGAUUAAAUAUUGUACAAGAAUCAAUAAAUACACCAUUCACUUUUUUAAAUAUGUCUAAUAUUUUAAAUGAUAAUUAUGAUUAUGAUAAACAAAAUUAUUCAAAUGAUCAUUUAUUGAUUACAUCACCUUUAUUAAAAUCAUUUCAAACAAAUUAUACACAAAAAAUAAUCAAAUCAAAUGAACAAUCAUUAAAUUCAUUAUCUAAUAUAAAUAUAAGAAAUAAUUUAAUCAAUAAACAAUAUAAUUCUAAUCUUGAUAUUUUAACUAAUUAUCCAUUGAAUUCAAAUAAACAACCACAACCACCACCACCACCACCACCACAACAACAACAAUCACCAUCACAACAACAACAAUAUUUGACUAAAGAUACAUUUAAUAUACAUAAAUAUGAUACAUUAACAAAUAAUAUGAAUAUAAAACAAUUAUCUACUAUAAAAUAUGAUAAUAUCACUGAUUUAAUUCAACAUAAUUCUAAUGUAAAAUUUAAUCAAGAAAUUAAUAAAUUACAAAUUAUACAUUUAACAAAUGCAAUCAUUUUACCAUCAAAAACAAUCAUCAUUAAAACAAUUACCAUAUGAAUAUGAUAAUAAACAAAUGAAAUGGUCAACAAUUUAUCCAAAUAUUCAAUCGAAUACAAUAAAACAAGAACGAAGUAAUAACAAUAAUAAUAGUAACAGUAAUAAUAAUGAUACAUGGAAUUCACUACCGAAUGAAUGUAAUAAUCUUUUAAAAAAUUUCGAAGUAUCAACUACUGUAUUUAAACAGAUAGGAUUAUAAGUAUCAAUAAUCAUUUAAAUAUGGCAUAAUAAUUAUUUUAAUAAAUAAAUAUAAACAGUGGAAAUGAAAAUCAAGUGGUAACACUAAAUUGAUACUAAUGAAAAUUAUUAAAUCCCUUUAAAGAUCCUUAUUCGUAAUGUUUUCACAAUUGAAAAAACAAAUUAAAAGAUAAAAGAAAAGAAAAGAGAAGAAAAAGAAGAAAGAAAGAGAAUAAUAAAAAUGCAUUUUUUUUCUUGUUAACAAGAUUUGGAAAUUAUUCAACGGACUACUUUCUUUUCACUUUGUAUUUCACAAAUCUUUCUGAGGGAA